AUGGAGGGUCAAAUCGUAAAUUAAGACAAUUCUAUUUGAGUAGAAUAAGAAGGUAACAAAUAGCCAAAAGAAUUUGUAAAUAUUAUUAUUAACUGUAGCCUUUAAAUUCUACAAAUAAAAAAGCCAAUGACAAAGAAUAAUAAGCCUCAGAAUAAUAAAUCUCAUUUUCAAUUUUUAAAUAUUUUAAACCUACUCCUGACCCUACUUUAGUUUUGGAACCACAUAAAGAUAAAAAUUUGAGUAGUGAACUAUAAGAGUUAAUAGAAAAUCAGGUUAAGAGAACAUCAAGCAUAUAUAAAUACUAUGCUAAAAUAGGAUUUCAAGUUUUUAUAUAUCUAUUAAAUAUACUUGAAGUUAUCUUUAUAUUAGUCUACGAUUCAUAUAUGAAUUAUGGUCAUACUUUAAGUCCUUCUAUAUUGUUUCUAUACUGUUUUGUACUUUACUUCAUUGUGGAGCUUGGAUGUACUCUUAUAUAUUCAGGGAAGUUGAAAAACAAAUCAUUUGUAUUGAUAUUUUAAACUAUAUAUACUAUUUUUUUAUGGGAGCAUUAAGUUAUUUUAAAAUAGCUCCAUUUAUUUAUUAUUUCAACAGAGAUAAAUCAAUAGAAUAGUUUUCAUUUAGUGAGAUUAAUAAAUACUUGUAAUUAAGUAGUGAAGAUAAAUUUAGAAAUCCAUGUAUGUUUUUAAAGAAAGAACAAAACCUGUAAAUAUAUUUAGGGAUUUAAUAUUCCAUAGAGUUGCUUUAGUCUCAAUGAUGAUUACAAUGACAAUUCAAACUAUUCCUUAAAUCUUUAUAUAAGGCUUUUAUAACACAGUAGCAGAAAAAUGGGAUGGAUUUAAUGUGAUUAAUUUUUUAUUAUUAAUAAGUAAUUUAAUCUAUUACUUUAUGAAAUUAUAAUUUAUUGUAUUUACUAAAACCUAUAGAUAAAUGCAACAGAAGUUUAAUUUAAAUUGAAGAAAAUCAAAUUAAAGUUUAUUUAAGAAACUAAAUCACUAUUAAAAGCUGAUUUAAAAUAUAUUGAAUUUGUUUAAUCUUUUAUUUUCAUAUUUAUCCAAAUAAAUUCAGUUCUUAUUAAAAGAAGAGAUGCAUGA